GGACAAAUAACGUCACUGACAGUUUGUGUCAGUUCCCUCGCUACCUCACAAAGAUAAUUAAAAAAAAAUCAGAUUAUCCACGUUAAAUGUCCUCACUGCACCUUUAAUUCGCUCCUCGUGAGCGAGAUGACGUGAGUCACGUGCUUGUCAAAGUGUAGUCUCGCGCAGUUCCUGUCAGUUUACCCAAGGCAGGAAGUAGCUAUAAGCUAAAAUGGCUAGCUAAGGUCUAAAGCGUGUCUCUUUUGUCUAAAAUGCGACUUAAUUGGGCUUGCGGUGGUGGUUUGUGGCAGAAUAUGUUCCCGGGACUGGGUUCGUGAAUCAGCUGUUGUGAAACGGGCGAAUGCGAUGUUUAAAAUCGGUGUUAAUACCAUGGCAACUUAUUAGCUAGCAAGCUAACUCAGCUGUUUCUGUUGUGGGCAUACUUGGCUGUCAAGACUCUUUGAGAAGACUUUCUUCGUGUGAGGUUGAUGAGGGCACCACCGUGAUUGAGUCACCAUCCGCAGGUCAGCCUUAUCUGACAAGUGUCAAUUCACGGCGGGCUCAAAAACCCAAGCUUGGUUCGCUUAGAAAUCAGAAGUUGGAGUCAAGAUGCAUGACGCCUAUGAGCCGGUACCUAUUUUGGAAAAACUUCCUCUACAGAUUGACUGUCUGGCGGCUUGGGAGGAUUGGCUGCUUGUAGGAACCAAGCCCGGUCAUCUUCUCCUCUAUAGAAUCAAAAAAGAUGCAGCCACCAACCUUUUUGAAGUGACACUGGAAAAAUCCAACAAAAACUUUUCAAAGAAGAUCCAGCAGCUUUACGUUGUCUCACAGUACAAAAUACUCGUCAGUCUUCUGGAGAACAACAUCCAUGUCCACGACCUGCUGACUUUUCAGCAGAUCACCGUGUUGUCCAAAGCAAAAGGAGCCACGCUGUUCGCAUGUGACCUGCAGCAAAGCAACUCAGGAGAGGAAACACUGAGGAUGUGUGUUGCUGUGAAAAAGAAACUCCAGCUUUAUUACUGGAAAGACAGGGAGUUCCAUGAACUGCAGGGCGACUUUGGUGCUCCAGAUAUUCCCAAGUCCAUGGCGUGGUGCGAAAACUCCAUCUGUGUCGGCUUCAAAAGAGACUAUUACCUUAUUCGGAUGGAUGGUCGUGGCUCCAUCAAGGAGCUCUUCCCCACAGGGAAACAGUUGGAACCACUGGUCGCCCCGCUGGCCGAUGGGAAGGUUGCCGUCGGGCAGGACGACCUGACGGUGGUCCUCAAUGAGGAGGGGGUGUGCACCCAGAAGUGUGCCCUGAAUUGGACGGAUAUCCCCAUAGCGAUGGAGCACCAGCCUCCCUACAUCAUCGCAGUGCUGCCCCGCUACGUGGAGAUCAGGACCUUGGAGCCCAGGCUGCUGGUGCAGAGCGUGGAGCUGCAGAGACCUCGUUUCGUCACAUCGGCAGGGCCAAAUAUCGUGUACGUGGCCAGCAACCAUUUUGUGUGGCGCCUGGUUCCCGUGUCCAUAGCCACGCAGAUCCGGCAGCUCCUUCAGGACAAGCAGUUUGAACUUGCUCUGCAGUUGGCAAAGAUGAAAGAUGAUUCAGACGGCGAUAAGAAGCAGCAGAUCCAUCACAUCCAGAACCUUUAUGCCUUCAACCUGUUCUGUCAAAAGAGAUUUGAUGACUCCAUGCAGGUUUUCGCCAAACUCGGCACAGAUCCCACACACGUGAUUGGCCUGUACCCGGACCUUCUCCCGUUGGAUUACCGCAAGCAGCUACACUACCCCAACCCCCUGCCGUCUCUGUCCGGAGCAGAACUGGAGAAGGCUCACUUGGCUCUCAUCGAUUACCUCACCCAGAAACGCAGCCACCUGGUGAAGCAGCUCAACGACUCCGACCCUUCCACCACGUCGCCGCUCAUGGAGGGCACGCCCACCAUAAAGAGCCGCAAGAAGCUCCUGCAGAUCAUCGACACCACCCUGCUGAAAUGUUACCUGCACACCAACGUGGCCUUGGUGUCGCCCCUCCUGCGCCUGGAGAACAAUCACUGCCACAUCGAAGAGAGCGAGUAUGUCCUGAAGAAGGCGCACAAGUACAGCGAGCUCAUUAUCCUCUACGAGAAGAAGGGCCUGCACCAGAAAGCUCUGCAGGUUCUGCUGGAUCAGUCCACCAAGGCCAACUCUCCCCUGAAGGGCCACGAGCGCACCGUGCAGUAUCUCCAGAGGCUUGGAGUUGAGAAUCUGGGAAUGAUCUUUGAAUUUUCUCCCUGGGUCCUAAAGAUCUGUCCUGAGGAUGGGCUGAAGAUCUUCACAGAGGACCUGACCGAGGUGGAGACGUUGCCCAGGGACAAGGUGCUCAACUUCCUGAAGGAGGGCUUCAAGGAGCUGGCCAUUCCGUAUUUGGAGCACAUCAUCUACGUGUGGGACGACAAGGGCCCGCAGUUUCACAACACGCUCAUCCAGCUCUACCUGGAGAGGGUCCAAAGUCUGAUGAAGCAGUACCUCAACUCGCUGCCAGAAGGAGUCGCUGCCGUUGCUGCCGGGACAGAGAAAGGUGAACUGGGAGAGUUUAGAAACAAGCUGCUGUCCUUUUUGGACAUAUCCAGCAGUUAUGAACCGGCCCGGCUCAUUAGUGACUUUCCUUUUGAUGGUCUGCUGGAGGAGCGGGCCUUGCUUCUGGGUCGGAUGGGAAAACACGAGCAGGCGCUCUUCAUCUACGUGCACAUCCUCAAAGACACGCGCAUGGCUGAGGAAUACUGCCACCGCCAUUACAGCAGCGCCGUGGAAGGAAACAAAGACGUUUAUCUGUCUCUGCUGCGGAUGUACCUGUCUCCCCCGGACGUCCACUGCCUGGGGCCCAUCAAGAUGGAGCUGACGGAGCCGCAGGCCAACCUCCAGGCUGCCCUGCAGGUCCUGGAGCUGCACCACAGCAAGCUCAACACCACCAAGGCCAUCAACCUGCUGCCAGCCAACACUCAGAUCAAGGAGAUCCGAGUCUUCCUGGAGAGCGUCCUGGAGGAGAAGGCUCAGAGGAAACGCUGCAACCAGGUGCUGAAGAGUCUUCUGCAGGCCGAGUUCCUCAGGGUGCAGGAGGAACGCAUCUUCCACCAGCAGGUCAAAUGUGUCAUCACGGAGGAGAAGACGUGCAGAGUGUGCAAGAAGAAAAUAGGGAACAGUGCGUUUGCCCGAUAUCCCAACGGCGUGGUGGUGCAUUACUUCUGCUGCAAAGAUCGCAGCACGUGUCCCACCGAGUGACGUCCGUCCGCCCCUGGGAAGCCCCUCUUUCACUGACUGGCGAGUGGACACCGGUGGAUCUUGGACACGAGCGCUUUGAGAAUGCCGCGUGCCUUUUUUAGCGGACGUUUUGUAGCCUGGGAACGAGAGGAAAGCACGUCGCCUCCCAAACUGCAUUGUGAAUGGAAAAACUGGACGCCAUUGCACCCACAGGUGGCGCCGUAGCGGGACAAGAGGACGCCACCAGCCGUACUUUUGUGACUCUUCAGAUUGCGAGAGAGAUGUUUGUGUUUCACUGUAGCUCCCGCUAACGUUUCUGUUUCAUGUUUUGCUCCAUGAAAUUUGAAUGCCAACGGAACAAAGUUUAUUUAUUAAUUGGUGCGGUACCGGGGUUGGAUGCAUUUUAGUACGACUCCCUCGUUUAAAAACAGUCACCAAGUCUGUGCUGUUACAUGCAGUCUCCUUCUUCAACUGCUUUAGCGUCAUCCCGCACGCCGCCCUGUGUGUGUGUGUGUGUGUGUGAUGCCACAAAGUUUGACUGUUAUCUUGCUAACUCAAUAAUAAAAAAAAAACAGAAAUGAAA